AUGAAAGCUGCAGACGACCAGGUUGUUGAAGAUGAUACUGGCAUUCAGGAUGAUGAGGAGUCCUUCUUCCAGGACAUCGACCUCCUACAGAAACAUGGGAUUAACAUGGCAGACAUUAAAAAGCUGAAGACAGUGGGUAUCUGCACCGUGAAGGGGAUCCAGAUGACCACCCGCAAAGCUCUGUGUAACAUCAAGGGCCUGUCAGAGGCCAAAGUGGAGAAAAUCAAGGAGGCAGCUGGGAAAAUGCUGAAUGUGGGUUUCCAGACAGCCUUUGAGUACAGUGCAAAGAGGAAGCAGGUGUUUCAUAUCACAACUGGCAGCCAGGAGUUCGACAAGCUGCUGGGUGGUGGCGUUGAGAGUAUGGCGAUCACUGAGGCUUUUGGAGAGUUUCGUACUGGGAAAACCCAGCUGUCACACACCUUCUGUGUUACUGCUCAGCUGCCGGGUGAGGACGGCUACUCGGGUGGAAAAGUUGUCUUCAUCGACACAGAGAACACUUUUCGCCCGGACAGGCUGCGAGACAUCGCUGACAGGUUCAACGUCGACCACGAUGCUGUACUGGACAACGUACUCUACGCCAGAGCUUAUACUAGUGAACACCAGAUGGAGCUGUUGGACUUUGUAGCAGCCAAGUUUCAUGAAGAAGGAGGAGUGUUUAAAUUAUUGAUCAUCGACUCCAUCAUGGCUCUGUUCAGAGUGGACUUCUCUGGACGUGGCGAGCUGGCUGAGCGCCAGCAGAAAUUGGCUCAGAUGCUUUCAAGGCUGCAGAAGAUCUCAGAAGAGUACAACGUAGCCGUGUUUGUGACAAACCAAAUGACAGCUGAUCCUGGAGCUGGGAUGACGUUUCAAGCUGAUCCCAAGAAACCGAUUGGAGGUCACAUCCUGGCUCAUGCCUCCACCACACGGAUCAGCUUGAGGAAGGGACGCGGGGAGAUGAGGAUUGCAAAGAUAUUUGACAGCCCCGACAUGCCUGAGAACGAAGCCACCUUCGCCAUCUCAGGCGGAGGAGUCACUGAUGCCAAAGAGUGAAGGAUCAAAGGAAGAGAGGAGUUUGGAGUUUCACACAAUGUAACUCUUUCCUGUUCUUAUUUAUUGUGCUUGUUCUUAUAUUUAUUAAUUUAUUGACUAUAUGAACUUAAUACAGCUUACUACCGUCGAGGU